AUGGCUCUCAGGCGGAAAGGAGGAUUGCGCGCCAGCUUGUCAUUCGUUUGGGGUUCAGAGAGAGAUACCACUACCAGCGGACCUUCUAGGAGUUACGGGAGCAAAAGCGAUGGAGUUUAUGCGAGCGAAGGGACAGCAGACAAAGAUAUAACCAAUCAAGAGGACAGUCACAAAAAAAUCACGCCCAACGAUUAUGCAUAUGCUAUGGAAAUAGAGUCACAAGACGAGCGGGAAUUUCAACCAGACAGCGAAGAAGGGAACGAUCCAUCACCGUUCGAUUUCGCCUACUCGCAUCGACCUUCGAAAUGGGAGGCAAACAAGAGCUCGUCGGCUGAAGAGCUGCCGGAUAACGAUGACUUGGAAGAGCUUGAGAAUGUUGACGUCUCCGACAUUGGGCCUGAAUAUUUGCAUUCCCCGGACAUCCUAGUUACGAAUGUAAAAUAUGCCGCCCAAGAUUCACCUACUAUGUCUUCUCGCCAGCAUGGCCAAGAACCUUUACAGUCAAGACAAGUCCCCGAUCUUCACUACAAACCGACAUCACAAGAUUCAACACAACGAGGGGAUAGGCCUAUAUCACGCACAAUCCAUGUUCUAGGAACAGGGCCUAUUGGACAAUUCAUUGCGUAUAACCUUGCUGAAAUGGAUUCUCCGCCGCCUGUUACUUUACUAAUGCACCGGCCACUGUUGAUUCAACAAUGGCACCACUCGCGUCAGGUUCUCAGAGUAUGCAAGGAUGAAAUCAUAACCGAGCAAUCCGGUUUCGAUGUUGAAUUAUCCGCAAGUUUCAAUAUUCCUGGGCCCGAGUCAGAGACUAGUGUCACUGAGCAUAGAUUUGGAUACACGAACGAGGUCAUAGAUAACCUGAUCAUCACAACGAACGGCGACAAAACAGUGGCGGCACUUACAUCCAUCAAGCAUCGUCUCCGGCCUCAUUCAACCAUAUGUUUUGUGCAACAUGGAGCAGGUGUCAUUGAGGAUGUUAACAAACAUGUUUUCCCAGAUUUGCAGGAUCGUCCUCAUUACAUGCUUGGUAAUUUAUCUCAUGGAUUAUUUGCCACGGAUCAGCUAUGGACUGUGGCUCAAACCACCCAGGGAGAGCUGAAGCUUACAAUUCCUCAAUAUAACACCAGCGCACCCUCCAACGAACCAUUGCCCCAAAGCUCAGACAGGAAGCUCACAAAUAACUGGGCACCAUCUUCAAGAUACAUGUUAAUGUCAUUGAGUCGUUCUCCUGAUCUUAAAGCCAUAGGCUUGAACUAUCCUGACUUCAUGAAAUUCCAUCUCGAAUACAUCGUUGUCAAUUCCGUCAUUGGGCCGCUGUCUGUCAUUUUUGAUUGUUCCAACGACCAGCUGUUGUACAAUUACCAGGCAAGUCAGACAAUGAAGUCCCUCUUGUGGGAAAUUUCGUAUGUUGUGAGAAGUCUGCCGGAGCUCGCGACCGUUGCAAAUCUUAACAAACGCUUUGGAAACCGCAGGUUAAUGAGCAUGAUACACUCAGUGCUUUCUCGUAGCGGGAAGAAUGUCACAUCUAUGUUACACAACGUCAGAAGUGGAAUGAAAACGGACGUUGACUUCUACAACGGCUAUCUCGCUCGAAGAGCAAAAGAAUUGAACAUUCCGUUUUCUUCAAAUGAGUUAGUCAUAAGUAUGGUUAAAGCUAAACAAGCUAUGAAGUCGAGGGAGAUGAAUUCAUAUAUACCCGCGGUUGAUCGGAGAUAG